UUUGCAAAACCUUCUCGUCUAAAAAUCUGACACUUUCUCUCUCAUACUGUCCCUAAAGUCUUUCAUAAAUUACUUGUUCCCUUGGUAUAAAAAAGACAGCCAAAAAUAAUGGCGGUUGUGCUUUUGAUUGAUUGAAGCUGAGAGAGAGAGAGAGGUAAAGCAAUACUGGCAAAGCGAGCAAGCACUAGUGGUGUACUAGAACAAUCACUACCACCACCACCGCUUACCACACCCAGCAGCAAACCUUGUGUUUCCAUUAGUGGAAAGUUUGGAAGCAAACCCAACUCUUGGAUUCUCCAUCUGUGCAUAUAUUCUUCCUCAACAGUCUCUGUUUCUGUCAUCUGCUAGCCUAUUUUGUGCAGAGUUGAUCAUCGCGUACCUUUCAGUUUCCUCUCAGAAUAAUGCACAGGCCAUUUGAUUGCAUCUUGCUUUUACUUGGGCUCCUUGCUGUUUGAGAUCUGGUCCUUUCCUGCUUUCAUGCUGGCACAAGCAACUUUGUGUUCUGAGGCUGAGAUCUGGGGAUUCUGUUAGCACAGUUAGGGUUUUAGGCUUCUGGGUUUUGCCGGGUUAUUGCUGUAAUUGCUCGGUUUCUGAGAUUGGACUAUCUGGGAGUGUACAAUCUGUGACUUUGAAGCUCUGUUAGUCACAAAUGGUGAUGUGGGUUUGUUGAAGAUUGUGGCAUGAAGUUUUUGGUUGCAGAUUGGACAUUUUGGGUGGUUUGAUUGAGGCUGACUAAGUGCGAAUGAGGCUGAAAUUGAUCGUUCUUAUCAGCGAAACCAGUUUCAUUUGAAGUUUCAGGACUUGGGGAAUUGAGGGUUCUUUUGUUUAACUUUGCAUGAAUGUGAAGCUUCAUGCUUUUGUGAUUUCCUGGUAAAGUUUUGCAUGAAAGUUUGUUUCUUUGGGGGGUUUGAAUGUGUGAUGGUGAAAUAUGAUAUUUUGCAGUAAAAAAAAAGAGGGGAAGAAAAGGAUUGUCCUGUAAUUUGGGUGAAUUUUGGUGUUAAAUUGUUGUGAUUGUGACUGGGGUUGAAUAACUUUUUGUGGAGUCAAUUUUUAGGCUUCCAGUGUUUUUGAAUCUCUGCGAAUAAUGAGGCUCUCUUCUGCUGGUUUUAGUCCUCAAUCCCAGGAAGGGGAGAAGAAAGUUUUGAAUUCUGAACUUUGGCAUGCUUGUGCCGGUCCCCUUGUUUCUUUGCCCGCUGUUGGGAGCCGUGUAGUUUAUUUUCCUCAAGGUCACAGCGAACAGGUUGCGGCAUCAACCAACAAGGAAGUGGACGCUCAUAUUCCCAACCAUCCAAGCUUGCCACCGCAGCUUAUCUGUCAACUCCACAAUGUGACAAUGCAUGCAGAUGUUGAGACCGAUGAAGUGUAUGCACAAAUGACUUUGCAACCGCUAAAUCUGCAAGAGCAAAAGGAUGGCUACCUUCCAGCAGGAUUGGGCAGCCCAAACAAACAGCCAACAAAUUAUUUUUGUAAAACCUUGACAGCCAGUGACACAAGUACCCAUGGUGGUUUCUCUGUUCCUCGCCGGGCAGCUGAAAAAGUGUUUCCUCCAUUGGAUUUCUCCCAACAACCACCAGCGCAAGAGUUAAUUGCAAGGGAUUUGCAUGAUAAUGAAUGGAAGUUUAGACACAUUUUUCGGGGCCAGCCCAAAAGGCACCUUCUUACAACGGGUUGGAGUGUGUUUGUAAGUGCUAAAAGACUUGUUGCUGGAGACUCAGUCCUUUUCAUCUGGAAUGAAAAGAAUCAACUACUCCUUGGCAUCCGGAGAGCUAACCGACAACAAACUGUGAUGCCUUCAUCAGUUUUAUCAAGCGAUAGCAUGCACUUGGGACUUCUUGCUGCUGCAGCUCACGCAGCUGCAACAAGUAGUCCUUUCACCAUAUUUUAUAAUCCAAGGGCUAGCCCAUCUGAGUUUGUCAUUCCCCUGGCCAAGUACAUUAAAGCGGUCUAUCAUACCUGCAUUUCUGUUGGCAUGCGUUUUCGGAUGUUGUUUGAAACAGAAGAAUCAAGUGUCCGCCGCUACAUGGGAACAAUAACUGGCAUAAGUGACCUAGAUCCAGCUCGGUGGCCUAAUUCACAUUGGCGUUCAGUCAAGGUGGGUUGGGAUGAAUCCACGGCAGGGGAGAGACAGCCAAGAGUCUCACUGUGGGAGGUUGAACCAUUAACAACAUUUCCCUUGUAUCCAUCUCCUUUCCAGCUUAGGCUUAAGCGACCAUGGACACCUGGACUACCCUCUUUCAAUGGUAUGAGGGACGACGACCUUGGCAUGAAUUCUCAACUUGUGUGGCUUCAAGGAAACAAUGGAGACCGUGGAAUGCAAUCGCUGAACUUUCCUGGCAUGGGGGUCACACCAUGGAUGCAGCCAAGACAUGAUGCUUCUAUGAUUGGCUUACAAUCAGACAUGUACCAAGCUAUGGCUGCAGCCGCUCUUCAAGAGAUGAGGGCUGUAGAUCCUUCCAGACCGCUACCUACAUCCCUUCUGCAGUUCCAGCAGCCGCAAAGCCUCCCUAAUAGUAAUAGGUCUGCUGCCUUGAUGCAGCCCCAGAUGGUGCAAGAAUCUCAUUCUCAACAAGCCUUUCUCCAAGGUGUUCAAGAGAACCAUCGCCAGUCACAGCCUCAGGCGCAAACUCAGUCUCACCUUCUUCAGCAGCAAUUGCAGCAUCAGAAUUCUUUCAGUAAUCAGCAGCAGCAGCAAUUAGUUGAUCAUCAGCAGAUUCCAAGUGCUGUCUCUUCCAUGACUCAGUUUGCUUCCGCCUCUCAAUCCCAGUCGCCAUCUUUGCAAGUUGUCACAACGCUAUGCCAUCAACAGAGUUUUUCUGAUUCUAAUGGGAACCCUGCUACCAGCACUGUUAUAUCUCCCUUGCACAAUCUCAUGGGUUCAUUUCCACAGGAUGAAUCAUCCCACCUGCUUAACCUGCCUAGAACCAAUCAAUUAAUAUCUUCUGAUGGCUGGCCAUCAAAGCGAGCAGCGAUUGACUCUCUUCUUUCCUCUGGAGUUUCUCAAUGUGUUCUGCCCCGGGUGGAACAGUUUGGACCUCCCCACACUACUAUGUCUCAGAAUUCUAUUUCGUUGCCACCUUCAGGGAGAGAGUGCUCAUUAGACCAAGAAGGUGGUACCGAUCCUCAAGGCCAUCUUUUAUUCGGUGUCAAUAUAGAGUCCUCACCUCUUAUAAUGCAAGGCGGGAUGUCAAAUCUUAGAGGAGUUGGUGGCGAUUGUGGUUCUACAACCAUGCAUUUUCCUUCUAAUUACAUGAGCACUGCAGGCUCUGAUUUUUCACUUACUCCAGCAGUUACACCUUCUAGUUGUAUUCAUGAAUCAGGUUUCCUGCAGUCUUCAGAAAAUGCAGACAAUGGAGACCUGCUAAACAGAAAUUUUGUUAAGGUUUAUAAGUCAGGGUCCUUUGGGAGGUCACUUGACAUUACCAAGUUCAGCAGCUACCAAGAGCUACGUAACGAGCUUGCUCGUAUGUUUGGCCUUGAAGGCGAGUUGGACGACCCUGUGAGAUCAGGCUGGCAGCUUGUAUUUGUUGACCGGGAGAAUGAUGUUCUUCUCCUCGGGGAUGACCCCUGGCCGGAGUUUGUAAAUAGCGUGUGGUGUAUCAAAAUACUCUCACCACAAGAAGUUCAGCAAAUGGGAAAACGAGGCCUUGAACUUCUAAAGUCAGUCCCAAAUCAGAGGCUCUCAGACAAUAGUUGCGACGACUAUGGAAGCCGGCAGGACUCAAGAAACUUGAGCAGCGGGAUAACGUCCGUGGGGUCACUCGAGUAUUGAACAACUUAACCGGUUAAGAUACAUUCUCUUAUGUAAUAUUUGCAGCUCCUCCCAACUUCUCCAACCCUUUUUGAAGAGUUGGGAGGGCGCCUUAAUACUGUAGCUUUAAAGCUUAGUUUAUAUAUAAGCUAAUACUGUAAUUAAACGAUGCGUAUCUCUUUUCGUUAUUUCCUUGUAUUCAAAUACGUACAACGCAUAUGUAGUAGGAGACUUGAAUGUUUGUGAAAAUAGCCUUAAAAUGGUAUAUUGCAGCA